GGAGCCGGCGGGCGCGCGCCGGCCGGGAGCGCGCGAGCCGGCGGCGGAGGCGGGCGGGCUGGAGGGCCCGGAGGAGGGAGGUGGCGGCGGCGGCGGCGGCGGCGAGAACCUAGAGCCAGAGCCCGGCCGGGGCCGAGCGGAGCGGAGCGCGGCGGCGGCGGCGGCGGCGGCUGGGCCGGGAGAGGCUGGCGCGCCGGGCGGCUCCGCGAAUCCUCCGGCAUCCGCCCCGGCGGGCCGCCCCCGCCCGCGGCAGCCCCCAGAGCAGCGGCCCGGUACCGGCGCCUUCCCGGCGGGCGAGAGUGAGUCAUGGAGCUGCGUGUGGGGAACAAGUACCGCCUGGGACGGAAGAUCGGGAGUGGGUCCUUUGGAGACAUCUACCUGGGUGCCAACAUCGCCUCUGGUGAAGAAGUUGCCAUCAAGCUAGAGUGUGUGAAAACCAAGCACCCGCAGCUGCACAUCGAGAGCAAGUUCUACAAGAUGAUGCAGGGGGGAGUGGGAAUCCCGUCCAUCAAGUGGUGCGGAGCCGAAGGUGACUACAACGUGAUGGUCAUGGAGCUGCUGGGGCCCAGCCUGGAGGACCUCUUCAACUUCUGCUCCCGCAAGUUCAGCCUCAAGACGGUGCUGCUCCUGGCCGACCAGAUGAUCAGCCGCAUCGAGUACAUCCACUCCAAGAACUUCAUACACCGCGACGUCAAGCCCGACAACUUCCUCAUGGGGUUGGGGAAGAAGGGCAACCUGGUGUACAUCAUCGACUUUGGCCUGGCCAAGAAAUACCGGGACGCCCGCACCCACCAGCACAUCCCCUACCGGGAAAACAAGAACUUGACUGGCACUGCCCGCUAUGCCUCCAUCAACACCCAUCUGGGCAUCGAGCAAAGCCGUCGAGACGACCUGGAGAGUCUGGGCUACGUGCUCAUGUACUUCAACCUGGGCUCCCUGCCCUGGCAGGGCCUCAAAGCGGCCACCAAGCGCCAGAAGUACGAGCGCAUCAGCGAGAAGAAGAUGUCGACGCCCAUCGAGGUCCUCUGCAAAGGCUACCCCUCCGAGUUCUCAACAUACCUCAACUUCUGCCGCUCGCUGCGGUUCGACGACAAGCCCGACUACUCCUACCUGCGCCAGCUCUUCCGCAACCUCUUCCACAGGCAGGGCUUCUCCUACGACUACGUCUUCGACUGGAACAUGCUCAAAUUCGGGGCUUCCUCGAGCCAGGCUCAGCCCCGUGACAGCGAAGCUAUUGCACUGCCCUGCCCCCGCCCCUGUCCCUGUGCCGGGCCCGCGUACCCACCCUCUUACUGGUGCCCGGCGCCCCUGGGCACCCAGGGCCCUCCAGAUAGGCCCGUGGAGGAGGUGGAGGAGCUGCCCCCCCAAAACUACUGGCCCGUGGUCUGGACUCCAGGGCCCCAGUUCUGACGUCACCAGGUGUGUCUGAGCCCAUCGGGGCCAGGCCUGAGGAGGUGUCCCUUGGCGUGGUGGGGUGCGGUGGAGAGGGGGUGGUGGAGAAGGCCCUGCCGGGAGCUUCUUGGGGAUGAAUCAGCAGCUGCCUGACGAACAGAGCCUGAAGGAGGGAUGAUGUUCACCGCCCCGGAGGGCCUGGUGGGAACGGGCGCCGGGAGCGGCUUCAGCAAGACCCUGACGGUGGCCUCUGUAUCGAACCCGAACUCAUUAAACGCCCCCCACCUGUACCGCGCUCCAUCCUGGUGUGCCUGUCCUUUCGUGGCGGAUCCCCUCGGCUCGCUCUGCCAGACGCUCAGGACGCGAGGCCUUAUUCUCUUGGACGCUGGGGUCGGCACUGGGUCUCGCGCCCCUCUUCUCUCUGGGUCUCAGGCAGUGGCCUGGUACCGUUCCCUGAGGAGUUCGACAGAGGUCGGGCAGAGAACGGCGGUCUCGCGGGCCAGGGGACCCGAGGGGUAGGGGUGGGAGAUGGGCAGUGGGGCACCGUGCAACCCAGACCUUGCGGCCGGGAGUGUGGCCGGGGGCCAGCUCUUCUCGCCGGAGGGCGUUGCUCAAGGCAUCUGGACGCUGGGCACUCACUCAUCUUUGUGGAAAGUCAUUCCUGGGUCUGGUUCGGGGAUGGGCUUGGCCCUUCCUCUCCGUGUAGCUCCAAGAACGGGUUUUACGUUGUCUAGGCUUGGGCCAUGCCAUAUGGUAGCCCCUGGCUCCGUGUGGCUGGUUUUUAAUUAAUUAAAACUAAAGCUGAAAAUGUAGUCCCUCGGUUGCAUUUGCUACAUUUCAAGCCCUCAGGAGCCACAAGCGGCUGGUUAGUGGCUACCAUAGCCAGCGAGGUAGACGUGAACCUUCCCGUCAUCACAGAAAGCUCUACUCUAGAUGGCUCCUCACAGAACCUCUCGUGGGAGCAUCCGGCUGGCAGCAUCUCACGUCAAGCCAGGCCAAGAACGCCCUCCCCGCUCACUGCUGCCACUCUGAGCCCUUCCUGGGGUCCCUUUUGAGGCAAGCUCUCGAGUCGGAAGCUGAGCAGAGGUGCCAGCGGCCUUAUUCCGCACCGAUAUCUGACUCGGCCUGGGCUGGAUCCGCGGGCGCCUUUGACCCCGUCACCAUGGUGAGCUCGACCGUCUUCACCUGCCCUUUGGCCGAACCAUCUGCAGACCUGUGACGGGGACCUUCCAUGCCUUCACCUCAAGGCCAGGCCCCCGGUGCCGUUACCAGCACCUACCUGCAGACUGGACACCGUGCUGGGCACAGAGGGCCACGGGAAGGAUCUUACCCUUGACUGAGAGCUUCUCUCCCUGAAGUGGCCACCCCGUUCAGCAUCAGGGCCCUGGAAUCCCUGGAUACCUGGAGCCUGGGACACUGCUCUCAGCACACAGAGCCGCUGUGUUCCAAGGUCCAACCAGCAGGCCAGGAGGAUACUCCAUAUAGCCAAGGACAGGGGUCCACACGACAGGGCUGGAUGCUUGUGUGACUUUGAUGUUGACCUUUUGUGUUUUCUGUGGGCAAAUAAAAGCCAAGAAACCUCCCCGGUGUGCAUUUCUUGAGGCAUCACUGGUUAGGUGGAAACGUGGAGAAUAGCUCCUCCUGCUUCGGGCCUGGCCUUGACCCGAGACUGCUGGGGUCACAAAGGGCAGGGUCUCCAGCCCUCUGCUCAGUCGGUCGCCCCAAGGCUGUGCCCCUCUGAAGGGACCACUUGACCUCAUCAGCCUCAGUUCCCCCAGGCAGGGGAUGAACACAUCCCUGGCCUGCCCUCAGGAGGUUUCCUGAGCGGUGCUGCGGCUCUUCUCACAGGCUUGCUCUCGUUCUGGCUGAGUUGCUCUCAGCCAGCUUGUCACUGAGUGGGCAGGAGCCCGGGAGUGGAGAGGGGGUGGAGACUGGGAGUCAGGAGGUUGAACCCUGGUGGUUCCAGGCCUGCCUGCACAGGCCUGUGGGCGGGAGGGCUGGGCAUGCGCAUCCCUAAAAUGUCCUACAAAGUCCUCUGGGGUGCAGAGCGCAGAGCAGAGCCGGGUGGCAGAGGCCUGGAUUCAAAUCCCGGCUCUACCCUGAGCUGUGACCCCACGUAGGUCAUGAGGACUCCUUGGGCCUCAGUUCCUCACUAGGAUUCAGGGAUCAUUCUGAUCCCUAGUCCCUACCUCUUGGAGUUGCUUCAAGGCCACGGCCAUCCCCAGCCGUCAUUUCCCAAGGACAGCAGGGCCUUCUCGGCCAUUUCCCUGGGAGAGACACAGGGUUGCAGGAGCCUGCACCCCGUGGCCUGUGACCAGGCCCCCCCCACUCAGCCUGCAGCUCUCUUC